AUGAAGUCCUCCAUGAUCCUUCUCAUUGCUACCGGCCUGGUGUCGGGUCUGAGCAUCCCUAAGCAGCUGGACACCCGCCAGGCCAUCGUCCAGGCCCCGGCCGCAGCAGCACCCGCCGCCGCACCCGCCGCUGCUGCUCCUGCUCCGGCACCUGCUGCUCCCGCCGCACCCGCUGCUGAGGCUCCCGCCGCUGCACCUCCUGCCGCUGCUCCCGCUGACGCCGCCACCGAGGAGGCGAAGAAGAAGGCCGAAGAGGAGGCCGCUAAGAAGGCGGCCGAAGACGCUGCCAAGGCUGGCGAGGGCGCCGCCGCUGCUCCCCCCGCUGAGGCUGCCCCCCCUGCCGCCGCCCCUCCCGCCGAGGGUGCCGACGCUGCCGCCGAGGCCGCGAAGAAGGCACAGGAGGAAGCCGACGCUGCCGCCGAGGCCGCGAAGAAGGCACAGGAGGAAGCCGCCAAGAAGGCUGCUGAGGACGCUGCGAAGAAGGCGCAGGAGGAUGCUGCCAAGCAGGCCGAGGACAAGCAGAAGGAGGCGGCCAAGGAGGCUGCUAAGCAGGCCGAGAAGGCGAUGGGAGACUACCAGAAGGGCGACAACAACAAGGGUAACAACAACAACAAUAACAAGGGCAAGAACAACAACAAUAACAACCAGAACGCCCUGUUGCUCCAGAACAUCCAGCUCCUCCUCGCCGCCAUGAACCUUCAAAACGUCGUCAAUGUCCAGGCCCUCGCUCAGCUCCAGGCGCAGCAGCAGCUUGUCAUGCUCGCUCAGCUCCAGCAGCUCGCCCAGCUCAACGCCGUCGGCCUCGUCAACCAGGUCCAGGUCGUCGCUCUCAUGCAGCAGGGUCUCGUCCUCGGUGGCGUCCAGCUCGGUGGCGUCCAGGUUGUCAAGAUCCAGUGA